AUGGCCGAAGCUUACCCGUCCUCCCCAGGUAGUCCGGAUCGGCCCCUGCCACCGGUGGCUCGACCUCACGUGGUCUCCGAGGUGACCCCAGCCAAGAAGAUAACCUUCUACAAGAGCGGAGACCCCCAGUUCAGCGGAGUAAAGAUGGCCAUCAGUCGGCGCAGCUUCAAGAGUUUUAGUGCCCUUAUGGACGAUCUAUCGAACAGAGUCCCUUUGCCGUUCGGAGUUCGGACGAUCACCACCCCUCGAGGAACUCAUAAUGUAAACAGACUGGACCAGCUCCAAGAUGGAGGAAGCUACGUAUGCUCCGAUAAAAAAUACGCGCAGCCCAUGGCUGGGCGUAAAGUGGGCGCUCACAAGACCAGCCGCCCAGUCAGCGCCCGAAAACCGGGACAGCAGGAUGAGCCGGAGGAGGAGUUCUCCGCCGCUCACUUUCAACAGGUGCCGAAGCUGAGGAAGAAGGUGGUUCUGGUGAAGAACGGAGAUCCAACUGUUAGACGAUCCGUCAUUCUAAACCGCCGCAACGCACGCAACUUCAAGACGUUCCUGGAGGAUGCUUCCGAUCUCCUGCAGUUUACUGUGCGCCGGCUCUACACCGUGGAUGGGAGGAGAAUUGAGACCAUACAGGGCGUUCUGCAGUCCCCCAGCGUCCUGAUCUGCGCCGGCAGAGAGCCCUUUAAACCCAUCCAGACGGAGAACGCGCGCAAAAGUAUCACCGAGAAGUUGCCGGGUAUCCAAUCUCAUCACACCACCGACCACAAAAGUGAGAUCCGGGACAACAAGAAAAAUGCAAAUUUUGGACUUAAAGCCAAGAAGAGUGUGAUUCACCCACGUUCUGCAUCAAGCAACAAGACCAGGUUAUCCCUGUCGUCCGAAAAAUCCGAUCCAAACGGGCUAAACAUGUCGCCGGCAAACAGUGGCUUUGCGUCUAAUUCCAACACAUGUCCGAACGGAAAAUCCGAGGACACCAGCCACUCCCUGAUCAAUGACGACAUCGAAAAGAAGGUUCACGUCAACAAAGAUGGCAGCCUGUCGGUGGAGAUGAAGGUGCGUUUCCGCUUACUCAACGAGGAGACGCUUCAAUGGUCAACACAGAUAAAGAAGUCCAGCACAACGGGCAAGGCAACAUGUGAACAGCUUUGUUUGUUUGAUGAAAAUGGUAAAAAAGAGAUGAACCCAGACACCUUCUCUGAGACGGACGAGUCGUUUUAUCCAUGUGACGGCGACUCGUACAGCUCAAAGCUUAACGACGCAGAGUUAGACAUGUACUGUGCCAACUGUGGCAUGCAGUGUCAAGAUUAUGACAUCUGGAAGAACCCCAUGCAUGCCAACCCUCAAGAGGACAAUGCCAAGAGGGCAACUUGGCAAACUCGAUCAUCUGCUUCAAGCGCUUCCUCACACCACAAAUUAGUGUCUGAUCAAAAAGCCUCCAUAGACAGCCUCCGCACCAUGUCUUCUGAGGAGUACACAGAGCACGUUGUCCACAAAUCCUCUUGUUAUUCUGAAACUCGAGAAAAUGGAGAAACGACGAUAAGAUACUCAAGAGUUAGUCGGUGCACAAGUCAUAGUAGUCAAUCAACUGCAGCUUCAAAUGUGGAUGCAUCCUCAGAUACAGGCAGGCAGAAGACAGGUGACAGCCAAAACAGGUCACGUUCUAGCCGCAGGAGUCAAAUGUCCUUGGAGAACCAACAGUCACAGCGUUCUGAAGGACACCUGAAAAGCGAAAGGGGAAGCAUGGAAGACUGCAGUGAACCACCUCCCACACCUUGUUCCGAUGGCGAAAACUGUAGUCCAAGAGCCAGUAGGGUUUCAGAGUCACUGCAAUCCAGAGCAAGUCAGAGAAGACUAUUCAAGCGAGACAGCGCUAACACCAAGAGCUUCGGGUCAAAUAUCAGUUACAAUGAAAAUGAAGAAAGAGACGAAACUAAAGCAGCACUUAUGAAUAUGCGAAGUGUUUCCACUGAAACAGGAGUGUCUGGAGACCACUGCAGUGAAGCAUGUGAAGAGCAACCAGUGACCACAAAUGAACUUAUAACAGAAGAUCAAGAAAACGGCGGACAUACAGCCCAAGAUGUCCCCUUGAAAUCCAGCAAAAGUGAUUGUGACAAGUGUUCCUCAAGGGCAAGCUCUCAUUCCAAAUCUUCAGCUAGAAGAAGAGAGAAACACAGAAGCUGUAGCCAAAACGGUGAUCAAGGUUCCCGCAGUUCUCUCCACUUGUCUUCCAUUUCAAACCAAAAUGGCGAAAAAAUAUUGAACCACCAGGACAGUUUAGAAAACGGUGAGGUUAUUAUUGCUGAUAACAGAUCUGCCUCUUCUAAAUCACAUAGAAAACCCUACGCAGCAAGUCGAGGACAAAGCUUUCAGUCUAACCGGUCGCACCAAACAAUGUCACCAGUAGGAGAAGCAGCUUUGCCCCAGGAGCAAGUAGACCAUGAAGUCACAAUCCAAGAGGAUAGUUGCAAUGAAUCUUUAAAAUCUCACUGCACCAGAAAAUCUGAAGAAUGCACAGGCGCUGGCGCUGAUGGAGAUGGUCGGGCAAGCCUUCCAGUUUCACGGCCAUCAAGUAAAUCUCAAUCCUUCAGCUCGAAAUACAACAAUGUAAGCUGUACGGAAAAUGAAAAAAACUAUAGUGAUAGUUCGAGAGUGUCGUCAAGGUCUGAGAAGAAAGGCAAAUCGGUCGUGUCCUCUGAAAUCUGUGAUCGCAGUUCUUCAAAAGACAGCGACAGAGCCGUGUCCCAAAACAGUCAAGAUGGGGAGAAGCUAAAUGGUCAGAAAGAAAAUUCUGAAAGGUGCAGCAGCUUAUCGGCUUCGGAGACUCCCUGCAUUCACAGCCCCUCACCUCCAAAAGAAAAACCAGUCAAAAGACAUCUGCGAUCCGCUCACUAUAAAUAUUCCAGUAACAGCCUGAACAGUGACCCAAUGAGAAACAUUAACGGAGAUAAGUUAGAUAGCUCACGAGCUUCAACUCCUGCAUCAAAGGGGUUGUUGGUGUCUAAGGCUAGCAUCGAGACCUGCAAAAUGCUAAAAAAUUCUGUUUCCAAAAAUAAUAGUACAGAAGAUAUUCACAAUACCAAAAAACGUAAAAACAGCUCUAGUUCUUCAAAGAGAAAACUCAAAGUCGAAUCUUUAGAUGCAGAAAACAAUAAUGAGCUUACACCAUCUGCCCUACCCAAUGUUUCUCCAGAAGAAGUUGUGAACGAAUGGCUUAAAAGGAUUCCCUCAGAGACGAUGGUUGUUGAGUAUGACGUUGAAGAAUGCCAGAAAAAGGUUGUUAUGGAUGUCGAAACUGAAUUACCAAAACUGGAGGUUGAGGAAAAGGACAACGGUGAGCUGAAUGAGGUCUCCACGACGGAAGAGCAAACAAAGGACCGGACUGACAAGGAGGCGACUGAUGCGCGUUGUACCGAUAAUGACAAUAAUAAAACAGCGGACGCAAACUUGUCCGAUAAGGAAGAAAUCGAUGAGCCCGAUUUGUCAAAUAACUCGAAAACUAAUAAUGUGAAAGACGAGGCAGGGACUGAGGACUGUACCCGUGACAAAAAGUCGUUACCAAACAACAUACAUGCUUCUGUGCAAAUAAUGAAAGCCCUUCUGAAUCCAUUCCAGGAAUCAAAACUUGACCGAUCAAACAGUUUACCAGAAGUAUCACAAACCAUGGGAAGAAAGCUCAGUAACUCUGCACAGGUCCUAAUCUCAUGCCUUGCUGGUCUUCAACUUCUAAACGAUGGUCCAACAGAUCCUACAAAAAACUCAAAUGACUCAAAGUAUAUUGAGCUUUUAAAUAUUUUGCAGGCACUAUGGGCAGGAUGUCCAACCAGUAAAAGUAUAACGGAUCCUAAGUCUGCAAAGCACUAUUCCCGAGAAGAUGAGUUGACUCCAGUUUCAUCCUCUGGUGUUGACAUCAACAGUGGGUUUGGUGGAUCGGGUGAUGGUAGUAUAACUGGUGGAGCGGAUGGUACUGCAACUGAAAAAUCCGCAGUUAAGGAAGUGGAAUGUGAUGCCAAAACCGUGCAAUGUUGUGGUGAAGGGCCGGGUUCUUCUGGAGACCAGGAUACAGGAAGUGGUCAAACAGCCACAACAGAGACUACUGAUGCUGGUUUUGAUGAGGCUAAGUCUUAUGUGAUGGAUGAAAAUAUGAAUGAAAAAAAGAUAGACAGCAACUCUGAUGGAGAUGUAAAAGACUCUAUGAAAGGACAUGGAAGUACUGAUAUAGAAGCUGCAGAGGAACAUGCCAUGAGUAAUAAUGCCACCAUGAAUAUCCUUAGCCAUAGUGGAAACGAAGCGAAAACCCAGACAUCUAACUCACAGGAGAUGAACGAUGCCAAUUCUUCCAGUGACGGUCAGACCACUAUCAUAUCUACAUCUGAUUCAAAUGAGAAAAACAAUCCAACCACUAAUGACCAAACAUUUAAAACGGACCCAGCUUGGGUACUACAGCUAUUGAAAAAAAUUGAGAAGGAAUUUAUGACUCAUUAUGUGGAUGCAAUGAAUGAAUUUAAGGUCAGGUGGAACUUAGAAAAUAAUGACAACCUCGAUGAAAUGAUUUCAGAACUUAAGAAUGAGGUAAGCCAAAGAAUCCAGAGGAGCAUUUCAAAUGAACUGAAGAAAAUUAGGAGUCGAGCUGGAAUUAGGGUGCCAAGGCCCCCCGAUGUUGGUCUGAGGAGCAAGUUUUCUUUGGAAGCAGAAGAAAGGCGAAGACGUUUGCAAACAAUGCACCGAAGGUCCAUGCAUGGUUAUGCAGGUGGCAAUGACAUGGGAGCUGGAACUAAUGAUUCAUGCGAGACUGAUGAAGAAGAGCUAACUUUCAGUGCUUCGUUUGCAGAUGACAGCAGUGGACUAGCAAACGAUGAGUUCUGCCCAUGUGAGAAAUGCAUAAAACAGAAGAGGGCCCAAAAACUAGCAAAGCCCAGGCCUCCUGUUGUAGAUGCCCCUAUCAUGAGAGCAUUUGACCUUCAGCAGAUUUUGAAGAUGAGGAGGGAAAACAAUGAACCACAAAAUGCUGGACAAGAAGCAGGUGACAACGAUGUGGAGGCCACAACUGGAAACGUUUGUCCUGAUGGUCAGAAUGAAGAAGAUGAUGUUGAUGUUGCCUCUCUAUCCUCCAAAGCUGCUGAUGAAAUGACAACACAAUCAGACAUUGUAGGACAAGAUUGUGUAGAUAAUGAGGCUGAAGGCCAGGAGGAGAAAUUAGCUGUAGAAGAAGAUGAAAUAUGUGAAGCAAAUGACCUUCAAUGUGAACCUGCACACGAAGAAGAAAUGGAAAACAAAGACUCCAACACGGAAGAAAAAUCUACUGAAGAUUUGGAUGAUGAAGUAGAAAAUGUUAUUACUGAUGAGCUGAACAAAUGUUCUGCAGGUGCUCAAGGGACAGAGAUGAGCGCAGACUGCCCAGCAGAUGACGACAACACAGCAGUGUGCGAAGAUAACUUGCAAAACCAGAUCGAGGACAUCCACAAUGAUCGAGCUGAGGACUCUGCUCAAGAAUUAUCAUCCGAACAUGAGGAAAUGAAAGAGACUUCUGACCCCGGUGAUGAACAACCCAUCAAUGAUGAUGAUGAUGCUGUAGCAGCCGAGUGUACUCAAAAUGGGGCUUGCCAUGAAGAAAAUGACACCAUGAACCCUGUGAUCAAAACUGAGGAAAACUCUGAAGAGGAAGACAUAGAAGCUGUUGAACCCCACAGUUCACACUUCCGGAGAUCUCGUCUAGGUCAAGCUUCUCUCAUAACACAGAACGGCUCUGCGGAGGAUCUAGAAGGAUGUCAAGAAACAAACAAUACAUUAGGGGAAACCUCACCAAAUGGACAGUCAAAAAGCUCCAGCAGUAAACAUUCCCAGAUGUACCCCGAUAGUUCCUCUGAGGGGGAGGAUGGGGACUCUCCACGAGCAAGCCCCGGUGGUACUAUAAAUAAAUGCGAAAGUAAAGGGCAGCUGCAUAUAAACACCAAUGGAAUCGCUGAGGAUUGUGACGGUAAAUCUAAGAAGCAUUUGGAAGAGGACGUUAUUGAUCAAGAUGACCUGGACUUUUAG